CCACCACCUGAUGUCACCGUAACAAGAGGAGAAGGUGAAUGCACAAUCUGUCUGAAGCCCUGGGAAGUUAACGAGAGAGUCAAACAAAUGCCUUGUAAACACACAUUCCACCCCCCAUGUAUUCUACCAUGGCUGGAGAAGACAAACUCCUGUCCUCUAUGCCGUCAUGAGCUGCCAACCGAUGAUCCUGAGUAUGAGGAGAGUAAGAAACGGAAGUUGCGUGCCGCCCAACGUGAGAAGGAGAUCGAGAUGUUGCAUGACUCCAUGUUUUCGUAACAUAGGACCACACUGUUCUCAUCACAGUAUUUGAGAACAUCAUUAUGAAAUAUAUUCUUGUUUCUCGUGCAAUUUGUUACUUGUAUGUGUUGUUGUAUAUUACAUGUUUUAUUACAAAAAAAUUUGUUGUACUGUUUGUAA